AUCCUACAGUGAUCUCUCUCUCUCUCUCUCUCUCUCUCUCUCUCUCUCUCUCUCUCUCUCUCUCUCUCUCUCUUAUUCCAUUUCUGCCAUGGGGGACGAAGGAGAGCCAUUCAUAAACAGCAGGGACAACAAACCCUACUCCCGCAGCGUCUCGCACGCCUACGACGAAUUGCACAGCUUCAGGACGUGGCUCCGAUGGAUGUGCGUCGACCAAUCCAGCACGCCGAUGACGUGCCUCUCGUGGUUUGUGUUCGUCGUCUUCGCGGUCGCCAUCCCCUGCCUCUCGCAUUUCCUCCUCGCCUGCUCCUCCUGCGACGCCACGCACGAGCGGCCCUACGACGGCGUCGUCCAGCUCUCUCUCAGCGCCGUCGCCACGCUGUCGUUUCUGUGCCUGUCGAGGUUCGUGAAGAAGUACGGGAUCCGGAGGUUUUUGUUCUUUGAUAAGUUGUGUGAUGAGAGCGAGACGGUGAGGAAGGGGUACACAGAGCAGUUCAAUAGGUCAAUGAAGAUCCUCCUCAUCUUCGUCCUCCCCUGUUUCGCUGUUGAGUCCGCAUACAAAAUCUGGUGGUACUCCUCAGGUGCCUCUCAGAUCCCCUUCUUGGGCAACGUUUACGUGAGCGAUGCGGUAGCAUGCAUCAUGGAGCUCUGCUCAUGGCUUUACCGGACGGUGGUGUUUUUCCUGGUGUGCAUCCUCUUCCGCCUGAUAUGUUACCUGCAGAUUCUACGGUUGCAAGACUUCGCUCAGGUUUUCGAGGUGGACUCCGACGUGGAAUCGGUGUUGAGGGAGCACCUUAGGAUCAGGAGGUAUCUGCGGGUCAUAAGCCAUCGGUAUCGGGCGUUCAUCUUGUGGGCACUGAUAUUCAUCACAAUCAGCUUGUUUGCUUCUCUGCUGAUGACAACACGGUCCAGUGCUGAAGUGAGCAUUUACAAAGCCGGUGAACUUGCGCUCUGUUCUGUAAGCCUUCUUGCCGGGCUCAUGAUAUUACUGCGGAGUGCAACGAGGAUCACGCAUAAAGCCCAGUCUGUCACGAGCCUUGCUACCAAAUGGCACGUAUGUGCAACGAUAGAGUCGUUUGAUACAGCCGACCCCGAGACUCCAAUGGCUCAAGGUCAAGGUGCUGUUAGUCGCCUGUUUCCGGCGAGCACUGAUGGAUCGUCGGAUGGUGAUGAUGUUGGCGAUGAAGAAGACGAGUUGGACAACACCAAACUAAUCCCAGCAUAUGCCUACAGUACAAUCUCAUUCCAGAAAAGACAUGCCUUAGUAACGUAUUUUGAGAACAACAGAGCUGGGAUUACAGUAUAUGGAUUUAUGCUGGAUAGAGGAUCGCUUCACACGAUAUUCGGGAUAGAGCUAUCCCUCGUCCUCUGGUUGCUUGGAAAGACAAUUGCCAGUCUUUAAAGGUAGCUUGUUGCUUCAUGUACUUGGGGAAUCCUCUACUCCCUUUCAGUACGUUAUUUGUUUCGCGGCUGUAUCAUCGUUGCACAGAGAGAGAGAGAGAGAGAGGAGAGAGAGGGGGGAGAAAGAGAGAGAGAUAAUGAUGACGACGAUGAUGGGAGGGCCGAGGGUGUGCAUUCUUUUCUUUUUGAUUGUAUUGUUCUCUCCUUCCCCUUUCAAUUUUUUGUUUGGUGACUGUACCAUUAUUGCAUAGAGAAAGAUGAUGAUGAUGGGAGUGUGUACGAGUUCUUUGAAAAGUUGAACACAACAAACUAAGAGCAUCAAAUGUAAUAAUUAAAAGUGAAUAAUUAAAAUUUGUCACCUCGUCCGUUUUUAAUUAUUCAUUUAGAGGGUUGUUA